AGAGGGAGAGGAGACGCCAUCACCACCACCACUCCACCUUCAAUGGCAGCUCGCUCGUGCAGGUUCCUCUACUCCUCCUCCUCCUCCCCCAUCGCCACCACCUCCCCGCUGCUCUCCCCACCCCCUCCGGCUGCCACGAGGAGGAAGCUUCUGCUCUCCUCCACCUGCGGCACGAUCGCUCCGCGCCGCCGCGUCCGCCAUGGAGGGGCAGGGCGCCCCGCUGCUCCCGGAGGCAAGGGAAGCGCCAUCGUCGUCGUCGACUCCCACCUCCACGUCUGGGCCUCCCCGCAGCAGGCGGCGGAGAGGUACCCGUAUUUCCCUGGGCAGGAGCCGCCGAUCCGUGGUGACGUCGACUUGUUGCUCCAGUGUAUGGAUGAAGCCGGAGUGGACGGAGCUCUCAUUGUUCAACCUAUCAAUCAUAUGUUUGAUCACUCAUUAGUUACUAGCGUGUUGAAGAAAUACCCAUCCAAAUUCAUUGGUUGCUGUCUUGCUAAUCCUGCAGAUGAUGGAAGCGGCAUUAAACAGCUUGAACAUCUAAUUGUACAAGAAAAGUAUCGUGCUGUCCGGUUCAACCCCAACUUAUGGCCGUCAGGUCAAAAGAUGACAAAUGAGGUUGGGAGGUCAUUAUUCGCUAAGGCUGGAGAACUUGGAGCACCAGUUGGAAUCAUGGUGAUGAAGGGAAUCAGUACAUAUAUUCAGGAGAUAGAGGAGCUCUGCACAGAUUAUCCAAAAACUACUGUUAUUUUCGAUCAUAUGGCUUUCUGCAAGCCACCAAUGAACAUUGAAGAAGAGAAGGCCUUCACUUCAUUUCUAGAACUAUCCAGAUUCCCUCAGAUUUACGUCAAAUACAGUGCGCUCUUUCGUAUUUCAAGAGAAGCAUAUCCAUAUGAGGACACAUCUCAGCUUCUUUCCCGUGUGAUCUCUAGCUAUGGAGCGAAUCGAAUAAUGUGGGGAAGUGACUUCCCCUUCGUUGUUCCUGAAUGUGGCUACAAAGGGGCCAAGGAGGCGAUCUCUCAUGUCGCCGGCAAGAUACCUGUUUCCUCGUCAGAUUUGGAAUGGAUCUUAGGCAAAACAGUGACCCAACUGUUCCAAGGUGCAUGGGUUUCUGCAUGAUAGGGGUGUCAUUGGUUAGUGUAGCUUUUAUUGGUCAGUAAAUAUCCUUGCAAUGAGAGGGUGAAAAAGAUUCUUGUAUGAGAGGAAAACGGCGUUAUCCAGUUAAAGCAUUAUUCUUUCUAUUCGCUAAUUGAUAACCUGUUUAGGUUAUCCUUUUUUGCAAGGUAUUAAAUGUUUAUAUACAAUAGCUCGGCUCAUUGCAAAUCUUUCUGGUCACCCAACAAAGCACUUCAAAAGUUCAUA